GUGGUGAGCCAUGGCGGUGUGGAUCCAGGCACAGCAGCUCCAGGGCGAAGCCCUGCGGCAGAUGCAGGCGCUCUACGGGCAGCACUUUCCCAUUGAGGUGCGGCACUACCUGUCGCAGUGGAUUGAGAGCCAGGCGUGGGACUCCAUUGACCUCGACAACCCCCAGGAGAACGUGAAGGCGACGCAGCUGCUGGAGGGGCUGAUCCAGGAGCUGCAGAAGAAGGCGGACCACCAAGUGGGCGAAGAUGGCUUCCUGCUGAAGAUCAAGCUGGGGCACUAUGCCACGCAGCUGCAGAAUACAUACGACCGGUGCCCCAUGGAGCUAGUGCGCUGCAUCCGGCACAUCCUCUACCACGAGCAGCGGCUGGUACGGGAGGCAAACAAUAGCCCCUCACCAGCUGGCUCCCUGGUGGACGCCAUGUCCCAGAAGCACCUGCAGAUCAACCAGACGUUCGAGGAGCUGCGGCUCAUCACGCAGGACUCUGAGAAUGAGCUCAAGAAGCUGCAGCAGACGCAGGAGUACUUCAUCAUCCAGUACCAGGAGAACAUGCGCCUCCAAGCCCAGUUCUCCCAGCUCUCCCAGCUGGGCCCCCAGGAGCGCCUGUCGCGGGAGACGACGCUGCAGCAGAAGAAGGCAUCGCUGGAGGCCUGGCUGCACCGGGAGGCCCAGACACUACAGCAGUACCGUGUGGACCUGGCCGAGAAGCACCAGAAGACGCUGCAGCUGCUGCGCAAGCAGCAAACGACCAUCCUGGAUGACGAGCUUAUUCAGUGGAAGCGUCGGCAGCAGCUGGCGGGGAAUGGGGGCCCCCCCGAGGGCACCCUGGAUGUGCUGCAGACCUGGUGUGAGAAGCUGGCGGAGAUCAUCUGGCAGAACCGGCAGCAGAUCCGUCGGGCUGAGCACUUGUGCCAGCAGCUGCCAAUCCCGGGUCCGGUGGAGGAGAUGCUGUCGGAGCUGAACAGCACCAUCACCGACAUCAUCUCUGCCCUGGUGACCAGCACCUUCAUCAUCGAGAAGCAGCCCCCCCAGGUGCUGAAGACACAGACCAAGUUCGCAGCCACCGUGCGGCUCCUGGUGGGGGGGAAGCUGAACGUGCACAUGAACCCCCCCCAGGUGAAGGCCACCAUCAUCAGCGAGCAGCAAGCCAAAGCCCUGCUGAAGAACGAGAGCACCCGCAAUGAGAGCAGUGGGGAGAUCCUUAACAACUGCUGCGUGAUGGAGUAUCACCAGGCCACGGGGACACUUAGCGCCCACUUCCGCAACAUGUCCCUGAAGCGGAUCAAGCGCUCAGACCGCCGCGGGGCUGAGUCAGUGACAGAGGAGAAGUUCACCAUCCUCUUUGAGUCACAGUUCAGUGUUGGUGGCAACGAGCUGGUCUUCCAGGUGAAGACGCUGUCCCUGCCCGUGGUGGUGAUCGUGCAUGGGAGCCAGGACAACAACGCCACGGCCACCGUGCUCUGGGACAACGCCUUUGCUGAGCCUGGCCGCGUGCCCUUCGCCGUGCCCGACAAGGUGCAGUGGCCGCAACUCUGUGAGGCGCUCAACAUGAAGUUCAAGGCAGAGGUGCAGAGCAGCCGUGGGCUGACCAAGGAGAACUUGGUGUUCCUGGCGCAGAAGCUCUUCAACAGCACCAGCUCCCACCUGGAGGACUACAGCAGCACCACGGUGUCCUGGUCCCAGUUCAAUCGGGAAAACCUGCCCGGGAGGAAUUACACCUUCUGGCAGUGGUUUGACGGGGUCAUGGAGGUGCUGAAGAAGCAUCUGAAGCCGCACUGGAACGACGGGGCCAUCCUGGGCUUCGUCAACAAGCAGCAGGCGCACGACCUGCUCAUCAACAAGCCUGACGGGACCUUCCUGCUGCGGUUCAGCGACUCAGAGAUUGGCGGCAUCACCAUCGCGUGGAAGUUCGACUCCUCCGAGAGGAUGUUCUGGAACCUGAUGCCUUUCACCACCAGGGACUUCUCCAUCCGCUCCCUGGCUGACCGCCUCGGGGACCUCAGUUACCUCAUCUAUGUGUUCCCUGACCGGCCCAAGGAUGAGGUUUUCUCCAAGUACUACACGCCGGUUCUCUGUGAGUCCACGCCAGCUAAAGCUGUGGAUGGAUACGUGAAGCCACAGAUCAAGCAAGUGGUGCCAGAGUUUGUCAGUGCAUCAGGUGAUUCUGCCCCUGGAGGGGCCACCUACAUGGACCAGGCUCCCUCACCCGCUGUCUGCUCCCAGCCCCAUUACAACAUGUAUGCCCAGAAGUAA